AUGUCAACCGACGUCUUUCGGCGCGUUGGCCGUGGCGGAGCGGGCAACUUUUACAGCAAGCAAGAAGUUGAGAAGGCAGCCAAGGAGAUCCUCACUAACACGACAACCACCGCUCCGACCUACACUCGCGCCGGCCGUGGCGGUGCCGGUAACUUCACCUUUCCAACCCCGACCUCUCCAACCUCCGCCGAUCCCAGCCCAGACCUGGAAGCGCAGAGACCACCGUCCCCAUCCAGAAUUGAGGAGACGCGUGCCGCUGUAGCAGCAAGCAUCGCAGCGCGGCAACGGGCUGGAGGACUAAGUGGGCGGGGGGGAGCUGGGAACUGGAGAGACGGAACAGAUGCAGAGAAAGAGAGGCAGCGACAGCGCGAGGAAGAGGAGCGAAAGGAGAAAGAAGUCGAGCUGCAGGUGCUAAAGGAAGUCGAUGUCGGGCUGGCGGAACCGGCGAGAGCAUAUCAUCCUGUUGGUCAGGGGCAGGGGUAUGAGGAAGACUAA